AUGCAUGUUUCUGAUGAUUACCGGUUAGAGGAAAAUGGAAAAUUGAUCUCUAAAUUUUCUGUGGGAGCACCUAAUGUGAAAAUUUUUCUGCCAAGCAAUCAUGAAAUGCUCAAUGAGCUCACGGUUCACAUUGAUCCAAAAUUGUGUCGAGUUGAUCGCUCAGUUGUCAAGCUCGAAUAUCGCCCGUUUCAAGUGUUUCCCGGUGAAGAAACAAGCAGCUGGAGACCAAUUGGCGCGUUGGCGAAAAAACUGCAAAACACGAAAACGAGCGCGCUGUUUGGCUGCAAACAUUUCGCGGAUCCCGGUUAUUAUCGGGUUUCAGUGCAUCUCACUCUCCUUAAUUAUACCAUCCAAGAAGAUCGUUGGAUUGUCGUCAAUCGGACACAGCAGAACAUGUUGCGAUUACGCGACAAUAGCAUUUUUCCGCAUUGCACCUCCGAUUAUACAAUUGGAUGGAAUUUGGCGCAAUGCCCAAUGGAUCAUUUGAGUUAUCGGAUAAGGAUCUUGGCUGUCCCGGAGGGUGUUAAGAAUUAUGAAGAUGGCGCAAUUUAUAUUGAAGAGAUUGGAAUAUCGUUGAACGAGGAGAGCUUCAUGAAAAUCAGUUGUUCGCAAUUCGACAUCAUCUAUGAGAAAUAUUGUUUCGAGCUCGUCUCAGUCAACAAAAAUUCGUCAAUUUCGCACACUUGGCACUCGGUGUGCGUCAGUACGGAGCCAGUGGAAAGAAAAAUUGGCGGGUGGUCAUCGUGGAGUGAAUGGAGCGCGUGCUCGGAAACUUGCGGACAGGGGAGGCAACGAAGGGUUCGAUUCUGCAACGAGCCGGUUCCGAAACGAUCCAAAUAUUGCGAUGGGCCAUUGAUUGAAACGCAAGAAUGUGCACUUUCCAAAUGUCCAGAAGCUAUGAUGCCGCGUACGUUAGCUUCGAAUUGCUCUUGCGGGUGUCCUCUCGCAAUAGUAGCCAGCUCAUUUUUUGCAUCUUCAAGGCAUAGUCAACUCUGCGAUGGAAAUCAAACUUGGAGUUUAUCAAAAAUGGGAAUGAGCCAUGUUGCUGACUUCACAAUACUGAAACGAGGAAGUGAGCAAGGGAAAUUGUUCUUUUUCCUUAGGGCUCCUUACGAGGAGUUGGUUUGGUCAUCAGACUCGCAUCAGGAUUACCAAUUCUCACUUCCAAUGUCGUCUUCAAUUUUCAUUGUACUCUGGACGAGGACGAAUGUUAGCCACGCUGUGGGCUCGAUUGAAGAAGGCUUCACAGUUUCAUAUUCAAUCCGUGAAAUUGAUGCGUUUCCGACGGUCGCCCGAAUCAAUUCAUGCCAGCCAUUUUGCCCGGAAACCAUGGCAAUUGCGUUUAUGGCAAUCAUUUUUAUAUGCAUCAUAUUUGUUCCGCCCGUUGUGUGCGCUUCAAUUACUGCAAGUCUUCGAAGGAAUAGAAGCCCCGAACAGCUUUUAAUGGAUAAUAAAUUUGAUUCUGAAAUGGUGCGAAGUGGCAAUACUGAAACGACUCAUUUAAGCGCGAAGAAUUAUGUAGCCAAAAGGAGUAUUGGUAUUCAAUUAAGUGUUCAAAGCACUCCGAGGACUAUCCGAGCUCAUAAUCAAUCAGAAUCCCCACUACCACCUCGAGGGCAAUCAUCACUUAGCGAAUGUGAUGAGCUGGAGUAUGACUACUAUGAUGGUACAACAAUACCUGGGAGCAUGUUGGCUCCAGUGCCUGUCACCGAUGUCAUGUAUUCCCAAAUUGAUAUUGACCAGAUUAUUGGGCAAUCUGAGCUUUUCAUUAAUAGUGUGGAAAAAGCGGAUGUUCAUACACAAAUUUAA